AUGCCGCCCCAUAAUGAGACGGAACACUCCGUCACCCGAAUCACUCGCGAAGGCAAACGGCUCACAUACAAAUUGAGUGUAAUGCAACAACCGGAGCGUGCCAGAGCCUGUGGUGCCGGCGCCAAGUCAUCGGCCGACCGUCGCCCUGUUGAUCCUCCGCCCGUGGUGGAAUUGCGUAUAUUCGAGUCGGAUCCUGCAAAUGAAGCCCAAAAGACCGAUAUUACCUUCGCCUACAAUGCCAAUUUCUUCCUCUACGCAACACUAGAUACUGCGCGCCCGGUUGCUCACGGGCGGGUGGCUGGACCGCCGUCAUGCCCCGUCUUAACAGGUGUGCCAGUUGCUGGUGUAGCCUACCUCGACCGUCCAUCCCAAGCGGGUUACUUCAUCUUCCCUGAUCUGUCAGUGCGCCAUGAGGGUCGGUACCGUCUGAGUUUCCACCUAUACGAAGAAAUUAAGGAUGCAAAGGACGCCGACAAAGACUCGCACCUGCCUCAACCCAACCAAGUAGCACGGUCGAACACAGCGAAGCCAGCGUCGCCGCAAACAUUCCUUCACUUUCGUCUCGAGGUGAAGUCGGUUCCGUUCACCGUCUAUAGUGCGAAGAAGUUCCCUGGUCUGGCCACCAGCACAUCCCUAAGCCGUAUCAUUGCGGAGCAGGGAUGCCGCGUUCGCAUCCGCCGUGAUGUUCGCAUGAGGCGUCGCGGUGACAAGCGUGAGGAGGAAUACGAAUAUGAUGAAGGGAGUGCUGCGGUAUAUACCCGGUCCGAACGGUACUCGACACCAGAUCGAUACGUCGCACAGACGGUGGAACGCCCUCGGUCAAACAGCAACGGCAGUGCGAUAGAGUCACCGUAUGGAUAUGGACCAGAGAUCCAACGGCGGCCAUCAGGUCCCGAAUAUGGGUUCCAGUGCCCACCACAAUCCUACCAGCGACCGAUGCCACCCGCACCUAUUUCUCACGCCCAGACCCCAUCCUACCAGUCACAUCUUUCCUUUGGCUCUACGCCGACCCAUUACCCUGCUCCUCACAUGCCCCCAACGCCGCCCCCAGUGGUCCCUCCGGGCAUGUACUCUCCGCACACCACCUAUGCAAACAUCCGGCAUUCAUCGAAUUCAACUGACUACGAAGCGUCGCCCGCCGGGUAUCCCAUGGCUCCUCACAUGCCCGAACGGACCGGUUACCCGAAGAACAAUAUGACUUCAUACCGCGUGGAGGCACCGAAAGUACAACAAUAUAUGGUACCUGACCCCUCUCAAUACCAGCCUAUGCCGCAAGGCAUGAUGCCUCGCGCGCAGACGCCAACCUCCGUCCACCACUCUCACCCUAUCCCCGCCGCCCAGACUAUGUCUAGCGACUAUAUGAAUGCGUCACCAAAUAUCGAGGUUGGCUCACCGAGCCCCGGGUACGACGCCGUUUCAGGGAAGCGGAUGCUGUACCAUACAGGGCCUAUUGGCGGCAAACGCACUCACGAAGAUUCGUUCGGUCUUGAUGAGCGGUCGAUGCAGAACGGCAUGCGUCCAGACGUGGAUCCCUACCCUACCGCACUGCGCGACUUCUCCGCCGAAAGUCGCGCAGCCUUAAUGGCCGAGUUGGGCGCAGAUAUGGCAUACAAGCGUGCGAAUGGCAGAAUGGUCAUGAAAGUUCCUCCGAACUCGCAAUAA